GGUGGGAGUUAAGGUGAGAUCCACGAGUGUGGGAUGGGAGAGCGGUCUUGCAAUGGGGCUGGCAGUGUGUAAUAACAGAGUGAAAUGGAUGGUCGAGUGAUAAGGUUACCAAGACGGGGAAUAGAAAAGCUUAUAUGCUCACCUUCAACGCACUGGACAUCCCGAUGCGGCCAACGGCCACACCGGCACUCAUCUCCACUCUCAUUCUGUCUCAAGCCUCGUAUGAGCCAUCUCAGCCUCGAUAGCAACGGUUGUGUUGGAUCAUCGAAAAGAUGGAAUUGAGUGGUCUGGGUCGUUCGUUGGCGGAUUACCCUCGGGUAUAGAAGAUCCUUCAUAUAGAGCCCUCGAACCUUUGUGACGCUAUACUAAAGUCAGUAUCUUUCUUAUCGAAUCCCUCGACUCCCACAAACCUCUUUCGAUACAUAUAAAGAAAUGUCAAUCCAGCUCAAAUCACCAAAUCGCGACCCCUCCAAAGUCCCAAGUCCCCUAAAAUCACUACGAAAGCUUAACCCACUCGGCAAGACAACCCUAACGCUGACACGCGUCCGCGCAAUACCGCAAUAUCGCACCCAUCGAGCGCACUUACCGUAUCAGGCUCUUUGCUUCGUUGAGUGCAGCCAUGAUGACUCCGCCACGCCCCAUGAUCAUCCUACAGUAGUGCUGACGGCAACGACCGUAGCGGCGGCGCUCAGGGUGUCACAACGACGUGGUGACCCGAUCAGGAUCGCGUUUCGAGAGAGCGUCCGGCCGUAAUAUCAGCCGCGCGAUCCGCAGAAUUUCUACUUUCCAGUGGUGCCUUUGGACAGGUAGGCGGAUAUCUUUUGUGGCACGGUAAGCAAAGGAUGAAGGAUUACUAUCCCUGGGCAGGACGAGGAGAUCGACAGGGUGUUAAUUUAGAAGGCUGUCAAACCUGUCACCCGGGAGUGCAUCCAGCGAUCUUUUAUUCCACGCCCUAUGGUACUGUCGACGACAUGUCGAUGCCGCUGUAGGAGGAUUUAAAGGCGUAUUGAGAUUUAGGACGCGAAAGGGAUUAGAGUCAUGGUAGGGCAUGCAUCGUGAUCGCUACUGGAGAUGUGCAACGAAGCACUCUGUGCGAUUGUGACAGAUAGGGGUCUUUCCAGGGGCGAGAUACUUAUUUAGAAUAGGGGGAAGAGCAGGACGGGGGUGAUAUAAUACCAGAGGCAGUGAGUAAAAGG